AUGAUUGCCAUAUUGAUGGUUGCUGUGAUUCGUCUUAUUCUCUACAUCGAUCUGAUUUUUACUGAUCGUCUUGGGCCGCAUCAUCUCAACAACAACGAUGGGAAAACUAUAAACACCAUGGUAUUUAAAAUUCACUCAUUUAUCUGCUUUUUCCACACAAAAUAA